GUCUAUCCUAUAUCUUGUUUGUGGUAUUACUAUACCUUGUCUGUGAUAAUAUUAUAUUUCAAAUAUUACCACGCUUUCAACAUUGUUAAUUCUUUGCUUAAAGUUUGUUCUUCCUCUUUUAUUGAUUGUAUUUCAUAGAAAAUGAUGCAGAUAUUGUGCGCAAAGGAACAGCAACAUCGGUUCAUAGUUGUGUUUUAAGUCACUCAUUUGCGACACGAGUAUCAGAGAUUCUAACACAUGUUUCCCUUCUAUAAGACUAAUCUGUCCUUGUGUAACGAAUUGAGAAAAUGGGUGAUACUUCUGAUGAAGAAUGGAAUUGCGGUGAUGUAGCUGACGAUGUAAACUGGGUGUUAUAUAAAGAUCGAGAAGAAUGGAAAGAUGUGACUCCAAUACCGCAGGAUGAUGGUCCUCAUCCUAUCGUUGCAAUUGCUUAUUCUGAUAAAUUUAGGGAUGCCUAUGACUAUUUUCGAGCUGUUCUAAAGUCUGGAGAAAAGUCAGAACGUGCAUUGGCAUUAACAGCAGACUGUGUUUGGCUUAACCCAGCAAAUUAUACAGUGUGGCAAUAUAGAAGAGAGAUACUUAAGGCUCUUAAUCUUGGAGAAGAAUUAAAAUAUGAAUUAAAGUAUAUUAAUGGAUUGACAAGGUAUUAUUCUAAAAUUUAUCAAAUCUGGCAUCACAGAAAAAUUAUUGUUGAAUGGUUUCAAGAUGUCAGUGGUGAACUAGCAUUUAUAGAAAGCAUUUUAAAGAAAGAUGCAAAGAAUUAUCAUGCUUGGCAGUAUCGUCAAUGGUGUAUAAAGACAUUUAAUUUAUUUGAUAAUGAGUUGGAGUAUGUAGAACGAUUAUUGGAUGAGGAUAUUCGUAAUAAUUCUGCUUGGAAUCAACGUUAUUUUGUAAUAAAGAAUACAACAAAAUUUGAACAGAGUAUAGUUGAUAGAGAAAUUGAUUAUGCCUUGGAUAAGAUACAGUUAGUAAAAGGAAAUGAAAGUGCUUGGAAUUAUCUUAGAGGUAUUUUAAUGAAAGAUAGCAGUGGUUUGGGUUAUAAUGAAAAAGUAAGACGAAAGUGUGAAGAACUAUAUGCGGAUGGGUGUCGCACUAAUCACUUACUGGCCUGCAUUAUAGACAUUUGUCAAGAAAGAUCUAUAUCAGAAGAAUCUGAAGAAUCAUUAUUUCAUAUAAAUAAUGCUCUUAAGCUGUGUAAAGAUUUAUCUGAAAAGUACGAUACGAUAAGAAGGCGAUAUUGGGAUUUUGUUGGUCAGCAAUUAAUGGAGAAGUUGAAGCAGGAAUCUUAACAAUUUCUAUAUAAGUGUGUAGAUUACUUCACAUUUUUAUAAAAAUAUUUACUUAAUUAUUAAGCAUACUGUAAUCUUUUUACUUGGAAAAAAACUGUGUACCAUUAGUUACUACGUUGGAACUAUAGUAAAUGUAUUAAUAUAGA